AUGCUUGACUAGCUCAAAAAGCUAAUUUUUACUCCCUCAGCCUCCGCCAUGGCGAGUGGCAGCGGCACCCGGUCGAGUGGCAGCGGCACCGGGUCGUCGGCGACCGCGGCGACAAAUCUGAAUGCAGAGAAGGAGACCAUGGAUGUUCUGCUUGAGAUUUCAAGAAUUUUGAAUACUGGCUUAGAUAUGGAAACACUGUCUAUUUGUGUACGGCUUUGUGAACAAGGAAUUAACCCAGAAGCUUUAUCAUCUGUUAUUAAGGAACUCUGCAAGGCUACUGAAGCACUAAAGGCUGCUGAAAAUAUGACAAGCUGACUUUCUGGAGAGAU